GCAACAUGUCAACAACUUAUGUCUGAUUUACCUACAUCCAGAAUUACUUCGGCAACUGCUUUUGAUAGAGUUGGUGUUGAUUUUGCGGGUCCAUUCAAUGCAGUACAUUUGGAAAAGGUAGAUGGAUUAAGUACUGAAGAUUUCAUUGCUACAUUAAGAUGUUUUAUUUCUCGUCGAGGACAUCCAAGCAUUAUCAGUAGCGAUAACGGUACAAACAAUAAAUUGUGUGAGCUGUAUAAACUAGUUAAGCAACCUGAUCAUCAAAACUCAGUUACCUUAUUCUGUCAAUCAAGAAAAAUUCAGUGGAAAUUCAUUCCUCCUGCUUCGCUUCAUCAUGGAGGGUUGUGGGAAUCAAAUAUUAAGUCUACCAAAGGUAUUCUAAAUAAAGUCACAAGAGACAUGUGCUUUGCUGCUGAAGAGCUAAACACUUUAUUUUGUCAAAUUGAAGCCAUUCUAAACUCAAGACCACUUCAAGCUGUCUCCGUGGAUACCACUGAUUAUUCAGCUUUAACCCCUGGACAUUUCUUAAUAGGAAAGCCACUUCUCUCUUUGCCUGAACCAGAACAAACUGAAGUUCCUCUUAAUCGUUUGACUAGGUGUAACCUUAUACAGCAACUUCAGCGAGGAUUUUGGAAACAGUGGACCUUUGAAUACUUAUGUUCGUUACAAAACAAGCCCAAGUGGCGGUUCAAUCAACCCAAUCUGCAAGUGGGUGACCUUGUUGUAGUUAAGGGUAUCCAGACCUCACCUACAUAA